GUCACACAGCUGAACUGUGGUUUGUUAAACCAGGUGAGACACUGAGGAGGGAGGAACUUUUGUAGUAUUUGACGUGAACGAGCUGCUGCUUCAUACACAGAUUUAGAUUUAUAUGUUUUAUUUAUAAGCAGCGUUAGAAAGAGUUCUCUGUAGAGCUCCAGAAGCAAAUGUGUUUGCUUAAGUUGCCUUCUCUUUUUAUGUUCUUCUUUGUUUUGCCCCUUUAGUAGGAUCCUCCUACCCAUGUUUUAUCAUCUGUAGAGCUUUUAACUGUUUCUUUGAGUCCAGCGUUGAGCUCAGACGUCGGUGGGUUAGUGUGUGUGUGUAGCCAUGAAAGAAGAGAUCGCUGCUGCUGUGUUCUUCGUGGCUCGGCUGGUGAAAAGAUACGGCUGUCUGGAUAAUGAAAGCAGGGACCGCUUUGCUGCUGCACUCACCUCAGCUCUAUUCGAAAGCUACAAGAACCACUGGUACCCGAACGCACCAUCCAAGGGCCAGGCCUACAGGUGUCUGCGUAUGAACCGUGUGCAGCUGAGGGAUCUGGUGCUGCAGCAGGCCUGCAGGCAGAGCACAGUGCGGUACAAGGAUCUGGGCCUCCCCCUGGAGAUGACGGUGUGGGUCGACCCUGGAGAGGUGUCCUGCAGGUACGGUGAACACAGCACUCCAUUCUGCGUCUCAGCGGUGGACAGCUGUCGACGCAGGGAUGGAGAGUUUUCCCGUCGCAUCCAUGAUGCUGUGGAGAGGGCGAGCCUUGACGUCCAAUCAGGAAGCUCGUCAGAUGAAGAGGACGGAGGCGGGGACAUCAGCAUGAGUAGUGGCAGCAGCCUAGCGACUCUCUGCCCUGCUCCAAUCCCCACCACGAAUCCUGAGCCCAAAACCAUUCCAACGGUCUGCAACCCCAACAGUGUCUACGGGGUACGUUUGAUGCAAAAGUUCAGUGAGUUUUCCCCCGCUGCCCCUCAAAACUGGCUUAGGGAGAAGCGGAAGGCCUUUCCUGGGGAUUCCGUCGCUCCACACUCUCCUCCUGCUGGAGGUCCGACCACCCAGUUCUCUAACCAGAAAGGCUUCAAGUCCUAUCGAGCCACGUUCACCUUCAGUGGGCCUCGUGUUGACAAGUACCACUGGGUCAGCAAGUCCAGAUCCUAGAGUCAGAUGAAACCGGGAACCAGGAUUCAGUUCAUGCUUAACAGCGUCCAUGAUGCUGCAUCACAGACCUUGUUCACAGGGUUACAAGAGGUUCAGGACAAUUUAUCUUUAAGAGUUUACUACAUGGUUUAAGUGUUAAUGAUUUGAAGUGAUGCUGUUUAAGCAUCUUUUUAAACUUGUAUACUAAUAUUGGACAAAAUUUUAAUAAAUCUUUCUUUAUAAAUGUUUUUUAAAUAAAAGUGAGUGUAAAUAAAGUAACAUUUAACUGA